AUGGAACUGGUGUCUGAUUGCAUACAUGAAGGAGGCCUAGAAUUAGCAAUGUCUGUGGAUUCAGACCCUGAUAUGUUUUCAUCACAAACAACAGUUGCCUCCAAUUGGUCCAAAGACGAAAGAUCACAGAAAGAUACAUUUAACUGGGCAAUGGAAAUGAUGUCUCAUGGGCAAUACUCCCCUCUCAAAUCACAAGCAUCAUUAAACCUAGAAGACCUACAGUAUUCUACAAAAAUGUAUUAUAUACGUCAAGCAAGAUUAGCAUUUGAAAUAGUAUGUGAAAGCAUUGCUCCAUCUCAAGGUGUAGAAUUGAUGACUCAAGUGUAUCAAAGCAUGAAAUUGAAGACUAUUGAAACCAAACAAAAAGAUGCAGUUACAGAGACAAUCAUAUCUGCUUACAAGAAGGCAGAAGAUUACACAACUAAAGUCCAGAUUUUGUCUUUGAUAGUAGAGAAAUAUUCCAAAUCUGAACUUUUAACUUUUAUUGAAGGGUUGACUAUUUACAAAAUUGAUGCAGCUAGAAAAUAUGCUUCAACUCAUGGACCAGGACAGUAUGUUACUCCACCAAAGAUCACACGCCUACGCCUUUCAAAACAGAAAAUUCAUCAUUUCAUUGAAUUUAUUUCUGCUCCAUGUUAUCUUCAAGUAGUUGGAUUUGGAUCAAGACACCUUAAAUUGUCAUCAGGUUUGGCUGUAAGGGUACCAAAGGUAAUAAGAACAAUGAUUGCAUCUCGCCUUAUUACAGCAUAUAACAACUAUUGCAAGGACAACUCCAUACUUCCUCCAUGUAGAGCAACUCAGUACGAGAUCAUAAAAGCUUGCGCAGCCUCUCAACUCAAAUCCCUUCAUGGCCUUGACAACUACAUAAGUGAUGGCAUGGAAAGUAUUGAUACUUUAAAGAAAGUUGUUUCUAAUCUUUGUACAAAGGGCCUGCAAACAAGUAAAGUAUCAGAUCUUAUUCAAAGUUUAGACACCUUGAAAUUACAUCUGAAGAAUGAAUUAGGAAGUCACUUAUCUGCCGAAAGUGAUUGCAGUCAACAUUGCAUGCACUUUGCAUUAUCAGAAAAAGGAUGUGAGCAUACCCACAGCAAUAUAUGUCAACCUUGUGAUAGAAUGUACCAAAUCAGAGAUGAAAUCCAAAAUGUUAUAACAUCAAAUUUUCAAAACAUCCAAAUUCAAGAGAAAGAAGAACUUGAACACGACAUCUUAGUUUCUACAGAAAAAAUUUGGGCAUGGAGGGAUCAUUCUAUUAGAAAUGUAAAUCAAGAUUCAUCCAAAACUUGCAGUCACAUGAAGUAUUGA